CAUACGCCUUCUUUUAGGAUUUAGAUAAUCAUGAAAAGGAGGAGAAGAAGGUCUUGUCUAUUCACCACCACUACCCUCCAAGAUGUCGCUCUCCCUAAUCAUAGAUGAUACCAGCUUGAUGCUGUUAUUAUUCAUCAUCCUUUUAUUGGCAAUUGGCAUCUUUUUCGGCAAAUCAUAUCGACCUCUAGUUCAUCCUCUCAUCUUGAGCAGACAAUCAGACGUUUCACCCGUACGUAGAAAAGGUCAAUCGGCAAUCUAUAGAAAUGCAAAUUCACCUGCAGGAUUCGAUCUUUCAAGUCAACCUCGUAAAGCAAUCGUUUCGGUAAAAGAUGUUUUGGCAAAAGGUUCAGGUUCGGAAAAUUUCAAAGUGGACAGAAAACGAACAUUGUACGGUAUAGAUCGUAGUAAUCAAGAUCUUCUGACCGAAUCACAGGACUUUGGACGUGGUUUAGCAAAAAUGCUCAACCUGCAAUCAACGUCUGCAUUGGCCCUUGGUGUAUGCGUUGAAGUUGAUUCGACAAAGAGCUUAGAGGUGAUCAUUUCGGGAGAUGCUCAAACCAGUGCAGCGGAAAAUAGAUAUGCCCCUAUAAUUAUUGCGCCGGUCCACAUUAAGAACGGCAAUACCCCUCAAGAACUUCCAUCUUCUUUAAAAAUGGCCGGAAAUACUCACCUUCAUGCCAUCUUUACAACACUUACAACAUUUGAACGUGCAACGGAAAUGGCUAUUGUUGGAAAGGAUACGAUUUUCAUCUUUGAAUCUGUAGAAGAUGCUCAUCAGGCGGAGAAGCUAUUGAAGAACAAGAUUUGCAGCUUUCAUCAUGUGGUAGAACAGGCAUCCCUUCUGCAAAGUACGGUUGAUUCGCAAGAUGAAGGAAAAGAGAAACAAAGUACGGACGAGGCAGGUAAAGCGAUCCAUUCGAUCUUUUGGUCCGGGAAGGCGGGUUGGGUAGAAGCAUCAAAUGCAAGCCUAAUUGCUGGAUUGACUGCUCAUUUGAGCUUCUAUUCUGCUGAUUCUCAACCUUCAACGAGAGAUCAUAUCUUGAUCGAACAAUCGCCUUAUGUCGAAAGUCCAUCUCUACGUCUAGCGGCUGCUGCCAUUCCAGCCGGUUUGGCUUUAGCACUUUUGCCGCUUUAUACGGGUGCCUCUCUCACCGCAACAAACAUUUCCUCUAGUCGAGAUGAUCCUAAUCCUGCUCCAGCUUCCGAGUUCUCAGAAGCAGGUGCCACUUUACUCUAUACAUCUGCUUAUGGUGCUUCUACUUUGGCUGCUUGUUUAUGCACCAUCUCCAAGCGCAGCCCUUUAGCCAUCUUGGCAGCUCAUACAAAAUUGGCCGCUUUACGUCACGGUUCGUUCUCCAAUAAUGGCUUUUGGGAUAGAUAUCUGUUCAGUAAAAUUCGUCAAAAUGUUGGUUGCGAGCACCUCCGUUCGGUGUUUAUCUUAGCGGAAGGCCCUACGAUCGGACAAGGAUUAUUGGAUGUUUUACGUGCUCAAUUGGGUUGUGCUGUUCGAUUGGCAUAUUUGCCUUCUGGUCCUCUUCGAAUUUAUGAUAACAGCGUCAACGCAGGAGUAAAGGAUGCUGGUUUGUUACUACAAGAAAAGUAUGCUCUUCCUGUUUCGCCCGUCGCUGUGACACACUCUUUGGAUCUACAAGCGUUUGCUACGCACAAAUACGAUGACAAACAAGUGCCUGCACAAGUUGGAGCACCGAAUUCCACCUUAGAGCUCAAACUUGUCGAAUCAAAAUUCGCCCUGUCCAAAGGUAUGAAGGUCUCUGGCAUUAAUGCGGAUAUCGACCCCGGUCGUGCUCAAGAUCCGUUUGGAGAAGUGUUUGUUCGUGGUCAUUCUUUCGCAGGCGAGCAAAAUUCCGAUCAAUGGUGUGCAACUGGUGAUUUAGGUACGAUGCGAUCGAACGGAACAUUGGUAGUGUUAUAUGAUCAAGCAAAUUCUGUCGAAGUAGACGUUCCAACACUUUCAUCUGAAUAUCCGACGACCAAACGUUCUUCUCGUAUAGGAGCAGGUGGUCAUCCUACUCGCGCUCUUCCAAUUUUGACGAUUCUCGCAUUCUUCCUCUGCAUCUGUGCAGAUGCCACACAAGCACAAAGUACAUCUGUCAAUACAACUUUUGUCAAUUUUGCAAUCAGAAGCUUCCUUUCUGCUCAACGUGCAAGUUGGGAACAAGGUGUCGCGCAAAGUGCAUUGUUGGAAUACCAUGCCGGUUCUUGGUCAGUAUUUGCGGGUAAACAAAGUCCUGCUUAUUUACGUAAUGCAAGUGAUACAGAACGUUCAUCUUUGCCGCAUGAAAUCACAAUGAUGGCUUAUGGUGCUGUACGAUCACAAGAUCGUCAAGGUCAAUUAUGUUCACGUGUUACGGGAGAUGAAUCGGCAACGGAAGGAAGUGCUUUAGAUCCUGCUUCAUGUGGUGAAGCUGUUCUUUUAACUGCUUAUUCUAUGGGUCAAAUUGAAAAUGGACGAGUAGAUGAGAAAUCUUUCUUUGGUCAAGCAGCUAGCAGACAAUUAGACUAUCUCUUGACCGGAGCGCCAAGAACUCCAAGUGGUGCAAUUUCCAUGCGUAGUACUGGUCAAUCGUAUUGGAGUGACGGUUUAUAUAUGGGACCGCCAUUUAUCGCACUAUACGGUUUGAUGACAAACAAUGCAUCCCUGCUAGAGUUCGCAUAUCAACAAAUACGCUUAUACCGAGACGCUUUAAGAAUCCCCACUGGAUCAGCCGCAGGAUUAUUCAAACACAUCGUUAAUGCUACCGGUGACGGUGGCAAUGAUGAGGGUGCCUGGCUCACGGGUAAUGCUUGGUCAGCUGCUGGAAUGUGUCGGGUUUUGGCAAGUAUCUCUCAAAGCUCCUUUUCCAAUUUGAUGUCUUCCCAAAUAAGCGAUCUCAUUGACUGGAUCAAUGAGAUCAUUACCACUGCCCUCAACGCUGGCGAUCCAUUGAUACACAAUUAUAUUAAUGACAACAACACUUUCCAGGACGCAGGCGGUUCUACUUUAAUUGCUUAUUCAACUUACAGACUUGCUCGAAUUGCGACAAACCUUACUCUUACUAAUCAAAUCAAACAAUCUGAAGCCAUUUAUACAGCCGUACAGUCAAAAAUGGAUAAUGACGGUCAACUUAUUCAAGGUACAACAGUCGUUAAUCCUCUCACAUUCAAUACUCCUUCACAAGGAUCGCCUGAAAGUAUGGCUUUUCUCGUUUUAAUGUCUGCCGCACGUAGAGAUUAUGCCGAGAGAAAUGUUACCGGAACAAUGGGACCGGGAUCAGGUACUCAUGCUGCUUCAUCUUCUGCUCAAUUUGCUAUCCCCCAUGCUUUACUAGGUUUUGCUCUUGCUUCAACGCUCUGCUUUAUCAUGCUAUAGACUUUAUCUUUUUUCUCUCCUGCUCCCUGUAUUUCAUAAAAGUCUUUUUAAUCUGGAUAUCAUUCGGUUCUGCU